UGCUGAAUUCACACUUCUUUAAUCCUGGAUGAAGGAGCAGACUGCAGGACUCAUGGCGCACUGACUGGGUGCGUUUACAGCUCAGCUUUUUGUCUGCUUUACAGCUACUGUUGGCCACAUGGAUGGGAUUGCUGGGAAGAAGAAGGAGGCUGUCGAAGUUGGGACUUUGGAGAGGGAGGUGUAGGCAGAUCCACACUGAAAAAGAAAUCAUCCUGAUCAGCAUCUGCAUCCCUGGUUUUGUUUUUCCUGAGUGAGGCAGUGUAAUAUCUGCGUCCUCGUCUUCACGCAGCGAAACAGCAGCUUGCCAUGAUGGAAGAGGAGAUCAGCGAGGACCGGGCCAAGCUGAAGCAGGGCCUGGUCAAAGUGCUCCAGUGUGUGGCCACCAUCUCCUCCGCUGCCGCCGUGGUUAACCCCAUUUUCGGCGUGGCUGGCUCCCUGAUCCGGGUGGUACUGCACCACGUAGACGACGAGGACAUCCGCACCCUGAAGCGUGAGUUCGGCUCGGUGAACCGGGCACUGGAUGAGCUCUCCCAGCAGAACCGCAACACGCUGGUGCAGAUCAAGAAGGAGACGCUGGACGGCCAGUACUGCCGCGUGGAGGAGAACCUCAAAAACCAGUUUAGGAAGUUCAUGGAGAUGGUGGAAGCACGGCCGGAGCACCGCGAGCGCAAGAAGGACGACUUCGAGGAGAGCUACUCCAAUGACUUGGGCGACCAGAACCUACACACGCUCUACGAUGGUGUCGUGGGCAAACCGAAGCUCUUCAGCAGACCCAUCCUGGAGGUGUACAUGAAGCACUCGCAGGGUGACCGGCGCACCAUGGAGCGGCUGUGCACCCGCCUCACCUACUUGUUCUGCAUUGGCCUCAUCGCCCUCAUGGGCUACGCCGCCGUCAUCGGAGACGACGAGGAGGGCCUGAGCGAGGAGUGGGCUGAGAAGAUGGAGCACGUGCAGGAGAAGAUGCAGGAAGCUCUGCGCAGGUGCAAAUGAAGACAAGGGAUGCUCCAUGUCCACAUCCCCACUAUAACUCUGUCUUCUUCCUCCUUUGCUUUUCCUGUCUUGAUAAACACUUUUCAAGCAUCUGCGCUAAAGCCAAAACACUAUUUAUCCAAACUCGCUGCAUAUGUAAGUGAAGCGGUCUUUGAGACACAAGCACCAUGGCACGCAGCUUUAACAUUUAUAGCUAGUGUGGAAGUGUGCUGCAGACAUCCAUAAUUCAGUUUUUCAUUGUCAAAAAGAAUAUUCCAGGUAUUGACAGAUGACGUCUCCUUUACCGUUAAUGUGUUUCUCGUUACAGAUAUUUGCAACUGAAUUCUGACUAGUUGUAUCCCAGUUUCAAUAACUGCUGAUUUAUUGUGAGCUGUCAUAAUUGUAGUUUGAGAUAUCUUUAGGAUAUCUUCAGGAUUUCUACGUCGUCCUUUUUAGAUUCUUAAAUCAAGUUUGAACUGAAUCAUGUUGUAGAAAUCUGCAGCUGAAUUCUCACUAAUCAGAUAUCUUGGAUUAGAGCUUUGACUCGACAAAAUGACGUUGCACGAAGAAAUUCUGUUAAUUUCGACAACAAAAAACAUUAGUUGAUGACAGAUUUUUUUUACGCUGAAAAUUAAACUAUAACUAAUUAAGAACAAAUUUUUCAAGAUGAGAAAAAUGACGUAAAAGUUAACACUUUUAGUCAAUGAAUUAAAACUAAAUGACACUUUUCUAGAUAGAAAAAUUAACAGCAUCUGUGGAAUCAACAUGGCAGCUCCUGAUCAAAAUCAACAUAAAAUUUAUCAGUUGGACCUUUUACCUAGUGGUUCCUGCAAAUAAACAUAUUUAAAAUACUGUGAACAUGCAGGCAGCUGAAGGCAUUUAUAAAAUCCUAGUACAGCUCUAGAUUGACCAUAAGCGCUAUGUUAGUGUUGCUGUCAGAAGGAAGGAGUCAGUUCCAGAGUUUGAAAAUGCUAACCGGAUGUACUCGCUGCAGGGCAUCAAGGAGCUCCUAAUGGUGAAAAUGCAAAAAUGACACUAAAACAUUGUUAAUGAAAACGAGACUAAAGAGCUUUUCGUUUUUGUGACCAAGACUAAUAAAAAUCUAAUGAUUAAAGUCAAACUAGCACACAUUUUUGUCAAUUUAUUUUAAAAAAAAUCUAAAGCAGCUGCUAAAUGAACAAGUGUUCCAAAUGUAAUUGUUAUCACUGCAACUGGAAUUAUCCACAAGUCUCUAAUUCUACACAAACUCAGUUAUUUCCUGCAGAUGCUGACAGUUCAGACCAGUCAUGAUGAUGCUUUGGAUGUCUGCAGCUGCUGUUCUUAAGAGUCCAAACUGAAUCACAGAGCAUCUCUACGUUAGUAAUAUCUGUCAUUUCAGCUAUUAAAUGUUAAAACUGCUUUUUUUCCCUCGCCUGGUUUGUGUUGGUUUCUAAAACUGGCUAAAAUUCACUGACAAAUUCUUGAAGAUACAAAUGUGGUUGUUUUAUCUGAAGCAGAAAGCAAAUUAUUAAUCAGCUGUGGGAUCUCUAUGCUGCACCAACAGCUGAACUACUUUUAGUGAGCACUGUGAGGGAUCUGCAUGCCGUACACAUGAUACUGAUGAUCUGUUUCUGGGUUUUCUUCUUGACUUGUAUCCCCAACUUUAUGCACUUUCUAUUGUAGUUUUAUGGGAAAUAUAUAUAUAUAUAUAUACACAAAUACAACACUACAAGAAAAUCAGCGUGGUGUAAAAAUGCUGGGCAGCCUGACUUAACAAAACCAAGGAGCAUCCCAAAGUUUCAGAACUAUGAAUGUAACUGCAGCCACAUUUGGGCAUUUUCAUUUACUGCAUGCAAUCGUGUGCAAAUUAGUAAAAUACGCAUCACAGAUAUUUUUAUGUUUCUUACGCUGAAUUGAAUUUCAUUUUACACUAAUAUUUCUGAUGCUGCUGCAAAGAGUUCUUUACUUUCUAGGCCAACUUUAGGUUGGAAAAUUGAAAACGCUAAUGAGUACAAAUGAAAUCUUUUGUUGAUGUACAUCUGACAAAAACUAAAAAAAACAACUAAACUUCACCAAUGCCAGAAACAAUCGUAGCCAUGAUGGUUGCAUCUGGAUUCUGUUAAUGUUAACCUGAGCACUUCUGCAGCUCCUUUAUUUUCUCUUUAAUAUGCAAAACGGCUUUUGAGUAAAAGCAGGACAAGUGUGUAACAUGUGCCGAAAAUCAUCUGUGGGGUUCUUUGGUGUGAGUCUUUGUUCGAUGGGUUUUCUUUAACUUAAACCUCUUCAUGCUCCUCCUCCUCCACUGACCAACAGUGCCUCCUCGGUGGUCCAUUACUCUGAUACUAUUUUCCUUACUAUUAAGAGGUUAAAUCAUUUUUGUAAAUGUCUUUUUUUUUCUUCUUUUUUUUUAAGUGAACUGAUUGCAUCAGUAGUGUCAGAUGGGUUUAUUUCAGUGCAUCAGAAAACAUGACACUGCUCUCCUGCUUUCAGUACUAAACGGGUCGCGGCAGCGGCCACUUCUCUUUUUGUUACGACACUAUUCGCUGUCAAUGUGGAGGAAGACUAAGAACCUCUUAUAAGGCUUUUUUGAAAUGUCAUAUAUGUGAAUAUGUUGCCUUUUUUGUUAUGGAUAUUUGAUGCCUGGUUGUAUAUGCGCCACUAUAAAUAAACAUGAGUGAAUGAA